ACGGCAGCCAGGAGGAGCGAGAAGGAUGCUGCGCUGACAUCGCUCCUCUGCUCUCAACCACCUGGACUCUCCACUGGAUCUUCUCUGCUUGUGGACUGUGGAUCUUCUCACACCUGGCUAGUGUUUUCCUUUUGGCUAUUUUCUCACCGGGAGGAUUUUUUUAUUUUUUUUUGGUGGAGCGCCCUGGACUCUUGGAGGCAGUCAGCGAGUAAAGAGGAGCUUCAUUGGAUGUGACGCCAGUAACGAGCUAAAGACUGACGAGACUAGAAGAAGAACAUUGGGUCACAUGCUGAGGAAGUAGCGCGUUCCAUUCACCAAACAGGAAGUCACCCCGGAGUGGUCGGGCGGGGGCCACAUCCAAGCGCGAGGUUUCCCAGGUCGGACCGGACGACGAUGACGAUGACGACGAAGAGGCGAGGCAUGGGGCUGCUGAGGGUCUUUGUCCUGCUCGCGGGGCUCUGCGCUCUCUGUAGUCUGGCGUCAGGCAGCCGGAGAGCGGACGCGUCCGUCGGCCGUCGCUCGCACAGACACGCAGGUCACAUGUCGCUGCACAGGCACCGACCAAGGGUGGGCAAGGAGGGUCAAGUUCUGCAAAGGUCCAAACGAGGUUGGGUCUGGAAUCAGUUUUUCGUCAUCGAGGAGUACACGGGACCAGACCCGGUUCUGGUUGGCAGGCUCCACUCCGACGUGGACUCGGGCGUGGGGAACAUCAAGUACAUCCUGUCCGGCGAGGGCGCGGGCACCAUCUUUGUGAUCGACGACAAUACGGGCAACAUCCACGCCACCAAGACGCUGGACCGCGAGGAGCAGGCGCAGUACACGCUGACGGCACAGGCGGUGGACCGGGACACCAACAAGCCCCUGGAGCCGCCCUCCGAGUUCAUCGUCAAGGUGCAGGACAUCAACGACAACCCCCCAGAGUUCCUCCACGGGCCCUACUACGCCCGGGUGCCCGAGAUGUCCAACGUCGGUACGUCCGUGAUCCAGGUGACGGCCACGGACGCCGACGACCCCACGUACGGCAACAGCGCCCGGCUGGUGUACAGCAUCCUGCAGGGACAGCCGUAUUUCUCUGUGGAGCCGCAGACAGGCAUCAUCCGCACGGCGCUGCCCAACAUGGACCGCGAGGCCCGCCAGGAGUACGACGUGGUCAUCCAGGCCAAAGACAUGGGCGGUCACAUGGGCGGGCUGUCGGGGACCACAGAGAUCAAGAUCAGCCUCACGGACGUCAACGACAACCCGCCAAAGUUCCCACAGAGCGUGUACUCCAUGGCCGUGUCCGAGGACAAGGUGGAGGGGGAGGAGGUGGGCCGCCUCAAGGCCAAGGACCCCGACAUGGGAGACAACGGGAUGGUCAACUACCGCCUGACGGACGGCGACGGCCUGGGAAUGUUCGACCUGACCACCGACUCCGAGACCAGGGAGGCCGUCAUCAAGCUGAAGAAGCGCGUGGACUUUGAGACCAAGAGGUCGUACUCGCUGAGAGUGGAGGCCUUCAACCUGCACGUGGACCCCCAGUACCUGGCCUGGGGCCCCUACAAGGACGUGGCCACCAUCAAGAUAUCUGUGGAGGACGCCGACGAGCCUCCGGUCUUCGUGGCGCCCUCGUACACCUUCGAGGUGGAGGAGAACGCCCCUGGGGGGACCCAAGUGGGCCGGGUCCACGCCAAGGACACGGACGUGGCCAACAACCCAGUCAGGUACAUGAUCCCUCGCUACACGGACGUGGAACAGUUCUUCAGCAUCAACGCGGAGGACGGCAUGAUCACCACCACCAGACCCCUGGACCGGGAGGCCCAGGCCUGGCACAACAUCUCUGUGUCGGCCACGGAGAUAGGAGGACACCACCAGGACACAAAAGUGCGCGUCAACAUUGUGGUGAAAGACAAAAACGACAACGCCCCAGAGUUCGCAACCAACAAUGAAGUCCUCAUGUGUGAAAAUGUGGCGCCGGGAAAGGUGAUCGAGACCAUCAGCGCGGUGGACAAGGACGAGAUGGCGCACAGACAACACUUCACCUUCAGGCUGGCUCCAGAGGUCGCCCACAACCACAACUUCUCCUUGAAGGACAACAGAGACAGCACUGCCAGCGUCUACGUGCUGCGUAAAGGAUUCAGCCGCCUGACGCAGGACGUCUACUUCCUGCCCGUGGAGAUCAGCGACAACGGCGCUCCGGCCCUGAGCGCCACCAACACGCUGACCAUCCGCGUGUGCUCGUGCGACGGCAAGGACACCAUCUUGUCCUGCAACGUGGAGCCCUACGUGCUGCCCGCCGGCCUCAGCACGGGCGCGCUCAUCGCCAUCUUGGCCUGCAUCGUCAUUCUGCUGGCCAUCGUGGUGUUGUUCGUGGCGCUGAGGCGGCAGAAGAAGGAGCCGCUGAUCGUGUUCGAGGAGGAGGACAUCCGCGAGAACAUCAUCACGUACGACGACGAGGGCGGCGGCGAGGAGGACACGGAGGCUUUCGACAUCGCCACGCUGCAGAAUCCAGACGGCGCCAACGGUUUCCUGCCCAGGAAGGACAUGAAGCCGGAGUUCCAGUUCCCCCUCAGGCCCGGCGGCCACCCGGCGGCCAACAGCGUGGACGUGGACGACUUCAUCAAGACCCGCGUCGCCGAGGCCGACGGCGACCCCACGGCGCCCCCGUACGACUCCAUCCAGAUCUACGGCUACGAGGGCCGGGGGUCCCUGGCGGGCUCGCUGAGCUCGCUGGAGUCGGUGACCACCGAGUCCGACUUGGAUUAUGACUAUCUGCAGAGCUGGGGGCCCAGGUUCAAGCGGCUGGCGGAUUUGUACGGGACCAAAGACUGCUGCGUUCACGACGACGACGACGACGACGGCGAGGACUCUUAACGCCCAUCAAGCCCCUGCCCUGAACCCUGUGAGGACUCUAGACUCUUUCCGACCGAUCAGAUCCACAAUUCCCUCCCAGAUGAUUUGUUAGCCACCAACGAACGCUUCCACAAAUAGCAAGAAGUCCUUUGACAUGAAUUAGUCUUUAGUUGAAAUUAGAGGUUCUGGACCCACAAACUUCCUGAGAGAGCUUUUACUCCCUUUACAAGGUUCCUCUCUCUGGGGAGCCACCACUUCUUGGACCUGGUCCCGGAAGCACCGGACACUUUUUUUUGGCUUCUGAAGCGGCGCGGAGAGACUCUGGGUUGUUGUUGCCGUGACGAUACGGAGAGUGUCUUCACGGCAUGGUGGCCUUAAAAUAAAUAACUAAACAACUCCAGGUGGCGAGUAACGGACGGACAAUGUCCAGACCGCCGGUGAGCUUUCCUGCGGACACAAGACCGGGGACUGAGGCCGGAGGACUUUCUUCGCCCUUCACUCACACAAGCAGACGUCCAAAAGAACUUGGUUUUCAAGUCGGAAAAGAAAAGUCCCAUUAUCCACUUUCAUUGGUGACGAUCAAUCACGACCAGUAAAAAAAAACAACCCUGUGAGCUCGAUAAAGAAAAACCGCCUUAAACUCAACAUACACUCGCACCGCGGUGCGUUCUCCUUUGGUUCGAACGCGUCCCUCAAAGACCUUCCGCUCCGAGGGAACCGGGGUGCUCGUUUUCCCUCCGCAACAUCUGUUGCAUCAACACGUGUUGCUAACGUGCAGCCGGGUCGCCAUCAUGGAGUCCGAACGCUGCCAAAACUCCACAAACACACUAAAAUGUUUUUUUUUUUCUCACGCCCAACGAUGCGCAAGUCCGAAAAAAAAAGUUUUCUCAAUUAAAUAAAAAACAAAAAAACAAAUAUCCUGCAAGUAAUGUAGCAAUUUGCAAGGAUAAAGACCAUUUUCUCCAUUAAAAAAAUUAUUUACAUGUAAAAAACUAUUUUUUGCAGGUAAAAAAACAAUUUGCAAGUGUAAAAACAUUAUUCUGCAACUAACAAAAUUAUUCACAAGUAUAAAAAUGAUUUUCUUUAGUUAAAAAAAGAUUUGCAAAUAGAAAAAACACUUUUCUUUAAUAAAAAAAAAAAAUUGCAAAUAGAAAAACUAUUUCCGUCAUUAAAAAUGAGUAUAAAAAGUAGAGUAUAUAUACUUUUUAUAAAAAGUAUAUAAACAUUUUUCUUUAUUUGAAAAAAGAUUAGCAAGUAAAAAAACAACAAAAAUGUUCUUCAUGAGUAAUAUUUGCAAGUAACGAAAUAAUUCACAAAUUUAAAAAC